CGGGGCCCCCCCCCCCCCCCGUCCCUGAACUGUCUAAGGGAGCUUGCCCCGGCCAGACCCGGUGGCUGCUGCUGCUGCGGCCCGAACGGGCGGGUAUGGGGGGCUGCCUUUCUUCGCAGGCGGCCGAUGACCUUUCGUUGCUCAACGACUCCACUGGUGACGGAGCGAGUCUCGGGCCCGGGGAUCAAGCCCCACCGCCCACCUCUGCUCCGCCGCCCCCUUACCAGGAACAUGCACCGAUUCCAGUGUAUCAUCCAACACCCAGCCAGGCACGUCUAGCCACACAACUGACAGAAGAGGAGCAGAUCCGUAUUGCUCAGAGGAUUGGGCUAAUCCAACACCUUCCCAAAGGAAUCUUUGAUCCGGGCUCGGAGCCAUCAGAAAAGAAAAUUAAAGAGUGUGUGAUCUGCAUGCUGGAUUUUGUAUAUGGAGACCCCAUCCGGUUCCUGCCAUGCUUACACAUCUACCACGUACACUGCAUUGAUGACUGGCUAAUGCGAUCGUUCACAUGUCCUUCGUGCAUGGAGCCAGUUGAUGCUGCUCUGCUGUCCUCCUAUGAGACUAACUGAGGUGGCACCAUGCCCAACUCUUGUUAAUGCUUCCAGGCUAGGGCUGUGUGGGAGUCUGGGAGGUGGCACACUUUUAUUUGCACACUUCUGGGAUACACCAAAGAAUCCUGUGGCAAAGAGUCAUGGUGCCAGACCUCAAAGACAACAUAGACCCAUUCUGGCUUGGCUGGCUGUGCUAAAGAUUGACUUGUGCCAUAAUUCAGCAUUUAUACACAAACAAUGAAGAUCAAGGAAAAAUGGCAGAGCUGGAGUUGCCCUUUAACUCCUUUCACAAACAGUAUUUUGAGGAGGUCAAGAUUGUUGUUUGAAAUAAUUCUUUACUCUCAUGUCCUAAUAUUCCACUAAGUUUGCAGGUAGGGUUUUGUUCACUGAUCUUGAAGGCAAAAACAUUGGAAUUUCAAAAUAUUUAGAGGAAGCCGGGGGUUCUGGUUGGUUUGUGGUGGAUUCUGGGGCAUUCUCAAAGCAUUUGUAGCACUCUUUCAUUGCAUGAAAGGAAUGGUGUUUAAUAUAACUGGUUGUCAACAGCAGCGGUUUUUAUGUUGACCACUGAACAGUACUUCAUGAGACUCUUUGUGGAGCAGAAACAUUGGAAAGGAAGUUGUUGCUUAACUCUGGGCUUAGCUGGAGUAAGAGUGCUUCUGUUUGAAGUUUGAUAUUUUUGCUAAAGAGAGUGCCCAGAGGGAUGCCACAGUCCCUUGCUCUUUUCUGUUUUAAAACUGUUGUUCUCCAUCAAGAUGGGAGUUUUUAUCCAUUCGGAAGCUUUUGCAGGUUAAGCACUUGUGCUAACAUUCUACAGUUCAUAGGAAAAGAAUGUUCAGGCUCAGUAGAGAAGGAUUUUGUCUUGUCACAUGACUAGAACAGAUUUGGAGAAGCAAACAGUAUUUUCUUUACACUCAAAUUCACAAACAAGAGUGGUUAACUGGAUUUCUGUUUAAGCAAUGAUGGCUCAUAGUACAAAAGCAGCAUUGACACUUUUUAGAACAUUUGAUGGCAAAUUUGUAUGGUGAAAGACUUGGCAGUUAUUUGUAAAUAAGAAUUUUUAUAGAAGGUUGGUGCUUCAGUACAGUGAAAUCCUUUCUCAAGACCAAGUAGGAGUUAAGGCAUUCAAGUGCACUAUUAUAAAAAAGUGAAGACAUUUUUGCUUGGCUGUUUGCCCAAUGUUUACUGUUUGCCUUACAGAAAUUCAAGUGAACACCCUCAUCUCAUAGGAAACUGCCAGCACAGCUGAUUGGUUAGUGCCAAGCAGCAGCCCCCCACCCCCACCCCAAAAUUUGGAAAAGCUGCCCUUAGUCAUGCUCUACUGUUUAUUGCUUUGCAAGUGGAGAGGCGUAGAAGUGCUUUUCUGAUUAUGUAUUAUCCUUAACAAGGAUUUAGCACUUGAAAGUAAAAACAGUGUAUAUUGCAUUCAAAUGAAAUAAAAGAUUGCCAAUAAGCCCUUGAA